CCGGCUCUCAUGGCUGCAGCUGGCGUGACCCCCCCUGGCUCCCUAGACCUGCUGCAGCCCGGCUUCUCCAAGACCCUCCUGGGGACUAAGCUGGAGGCCAAGUACCUGUGCUCUGCCUGCAGGAACGUUCUUCGGAGGCCCUUCCAGGCCCAGUGUGGCCACCGGUACUGUUCCUUUUGCCUGACCAGCAUCCUCAGCUCCGGGCCUCAGAAUUGUGCUGCCUGUGUGCACGAGGGCAUAUAUGAAGAAGGCAUUUCUAUUUUAGAAAGCGGUUCGGCUUUCCCAGAUAAUGCUGCCCGAAGGGAGGUGGAGAGCCUGCCAGCCGUCUGUCCCAAUGAUGGGUGUACCUGGAAGGGGACCCUGAAAGAAUAUGAGAGCUGCCACGAAGGACACUGCCCCUUCAUGCUGACCGAGUGCCCUGCGUGCAAAGGCCUGGUCCGCCUCAGUGAGAGGGAGCGCCACUCGGAGCACGAGUGCCCGGAAAGAAGCCUGAGCUGCCGGCACUGCCGGGCACCCUGCUGCUGGGCAGACAUGAAGGCACACCACGAAGUCUGCCCCAAGUUCCCCUUGACUUGUGAAGGCUGUGGCAAGAAGAAGAUCUCUCGGGAAAAGUUUCAGGACCACGUCAAGACUUGCGGCAAGUGCCGGGUCCCUUGCAGGUUCCAUGCCGUCGGCUGCCCUGAGAUGGUGGAGAGCGAGAAUCAGCAGCAGCACGAGGCGCAGUGGCUGCGGGAGCACCUGGCUCUGCUGCUGAGUUCUGUCCUGCAGGCUACGCCCCUCCCAGGAGGACAGGGCCAGGUGAGCGAAGAGAUCCUGCAGAGGUGUGAGACCCUGGAGAGGAAGACAGCCACCUUCGAGAAUAUCGUCUGUGUCCUGAACCGGGAGGUGGAGAGGGUGGCCAUGACUGCUGAGGCCUGUGGCCGGCAGCACCGGUUGGACCAAGACAAGAUUGAAGCCCUGAGCAACAAGGUGCAGCAGCUGGAGAGGAGCAUCGGCCUCAAGGACCUGGCAGUGGCCGCCCUUGAGCAGAAGGUCCUCGAGAUGGAGGCGUCCACCUAUGAUGGGGUCUUCAUCUGGAAGAUCUCAGACUUUGCCAGGAAGCGCCAGGAGGCCGUGGCUGGCCGCACACCCGCCAUCUUCUCCCCAGCUUUCUACACGAGCAGGUAUGGCUACAAGAUGUGUCUGCGCAUCUACCUGAAUGGUGAUGGCACCGGGCGAGGAACACACCUGUCCCUCUUCUUUGUGGUGAUGAAAGGCCCGAACGACGCCCUCUUGCGGUGGCCCUUCAACCAGAAGGUGACAUUGAUGCUGCUUGACCAGAACAACCGGGAGCACGUGAUCGAUGCCUUCAGACCCGACGUGACCUCGUCCUCUUUCCAGAGGCCAGUGAAUGACAUGAACAUCGCAAGCGGCUGCCCUCUGUUCUGUCCUGUCUCCAAGAUGGAGGCCAAGAACUCCUAUGUGCGCGACGAUGCCAUCUUCAUCAAGGCCAUUGUGGACCUGACAGGGCUCUAGCUGGCUCUGUGAGGAGCCACCACACUGGGCUGGGCCAGGGCCAGGGCCUCACACACAAAGGCAGGCGGGUCUGUGCUUGGGCACAGCCAAGUUCCCCGUCACACCACAGGGGCUGCCAGUCCUCAGAUUUCAGAGACUGCGUGGAAGGCCUGGGAGACGGCUCAGCCCAUGCACCUCACGGGACUGGCCGUGGAUCUUCAGGUGCUUCCCAGGGUGAACCGUCUUCACAGUCUUCUCCGUACACUGAAGGGAGAGGCCCUGGGUGUGCUCAGAGGGGGAGCACAUGUUAGCAAGGGGCUUUGGAGCAGCACACAUGUAGCAGGAGUGCAGUGGGCAGCCCUGCAUCCCUCCGGUGUGGCAGGCAGAAAGCAGGUGGGGGCUCCUGCAGGAGAGGGGGUCACUGCCGGCCGGCCAGGCAGCCACCGAGCAAGGAACCCAGUGCAGCUGGGCUCUGUCCUCUGGUCCCUGGAGAGGAGGGAGUGUUCUUAGACCCCUGGGUGCUUAUCUGGACACAGCUCCUGCCUGUGCCAGUUUGGUCAGGUCAGCGGGCAGGAGAGGGUGCUGGCCCCUGCUGCCUCUGCCUCAACCAUGGUGUAAUGUGCGGGGCACACAGUACAGCUCCCCUGGGUGACUUGUCAGCUGCACCGUCAAGCUGAGGAGGAAUUUUUAUUAAACCGUACAUAUCUCUGUG